GCCUCUGUGUGUCUCUGCCGUUCUCGUACACACCGGAGACUACAAGCAAGCAGGAAGUAGAAAAAAAAAAAAACACACAGCAGCUCAUGAAAAUAAGGAAGUAAACGCUGUCGGGUCGAAGCUGGAGUCCCUUUUAUGCUAUAAAGUGAAAGUAGACCAGUCGACAGCUCAGUAAUAGAAUUCAAGGCACAACAGCUGUGCUAAGGAAGUUAGCCGUCAAGCUAAUUCCUCCACUUUAUCUCAAAACAAGCCUUAGACAGGAACAAAAACAGAGAGGGGAGGAAGACACAGACGAACUUUUAUCCCCAGAAUAAUUAUCAGCCACCAUGGACCACAAAGGGGAACCCCAGGAAGGAGCUAUGGGGCUGAAACACGAGGAGCUACCGCAGAUGGACGGGUCAUGUGAUGCGUGCGAGCCUGACGAGGCCCAACUGGCCACACAAGUGUGCCACACCUGCAGCUUUGCCUUCUGCUCUCUCCAUGCUGACAGACACGCCAGCAGCACACAUCAUCCCAUAAUGCCUUACAAUCACGAGGGGACACAGGCUAAUGGACUUGGCACCAACAGAGACUUCAGAGUUGCAGAUGGAGCUGAGGAUGAGGCUAGUGCGGAGAGGGCAGCUGGGAUGGGUGCGAAUCAGGAGAUGGCGCUACUCGGAGAGGCAAUGGCUAAAGGCGAUGAGGGUGGUGAUGCUGGGGAAAGAGAAGCAGCCCAGAAUGGUCUGCAGCUGGAGGCUGAGCUGGGCGACGGAGCUGAGGGCGCAGAAGCAGGGCAGGAGGCUGCGGCCGCCGGAGAGGCUGGGAAGAGGGACACUGUGACGGUAGAGAGACUGCGCUGCAAGGAGCAUGAGCAGGAAGGCUCCCUCUACUGUAAACCAGAUGAGAAGAUUAUCUGUGUGGUGUGUGCCGUGCAGGGUGAGCACCGUGACCAUGAGAUCAUCACCCUGCAUGAGGCCUACAUGUGGCAGAAGAGCAGGCAAGGUUAUGACCUGCUGGGCUGUACACAACAGAUGUCUGAGAAGAUCAAGACCAAGUGGACCAACCCUGAGAUGUCAAUAGAGGAGCUUGAGGCCUAUGUGAACAGCCAGUUUGACGAGCUCCGCAGACUGGUGCGUCUGGAGGAGAAGAGGACCCUUCAUCUGGUGGACCUCAAAGAAGCGUUCCUGACGGCAUCCGCUGCUGAGAAAAUCGCCGAGAUCUCCGUCCAAACCGAGCGCCUGCAGGAAGAGAUGGCCAACAUCACACACCAGCUGUGCCUGCUGGAACAGGCGGAGGGGUUAGGCCCUGCGGUGGCAGCACAGGCUCUCGCAGCAGCACCCGCACACAGAAUGCCGCGCAACAUUGAGGCCAGGCCAAGGCUACCAGAGCCGAGGGCAGACCCCAUGAACUCAAGGGACUUUGAUGACAACGAUUCUGGACCAUCGAUGGACCACGCCCCCUGAUACCAGCAGACCAGACUCCCAUUACAUCCACCUGUCCUCCAAUGUCUGUUUCAGCCAACCGUCAGCCCCGAUGAGCUGUCAGGCUGGCCCUCUCGCUCUCUAUCUCUCUCUCUAUCUCUCUCUAUCUCUCUCUCUAUCUAUCUCGCUCUCUCUCGCUCUCGCUCUCUCGCUCUCUCG